UGUCUAUCUAUCCAUACACUUGCAGACCCAUGUUGAUUCCUCGAGUCUACUCCAUGCCUUGUCUUCACCCUUAAAUAUCCAUCUCCCUUUCAUUUCUCACCAUCAACACAAAAUUCAAGAAAGAGCUUACACAUAUUUUCAAGAAUUUCGAUAUAUUCUAUUGAAUUUCCAUCACAACUCAAAGUUUGUAGCUUAGCAUCGAGAAACUUUCAGAGCCAACAAAUUUAGGAACAAUAAAUCAUGAGUACCAUUUCCCUUCAUUCAACCUCAUUUUCACUUCUUGAGUAUCAAGUUCCCAAGAAUUUGACAAACAGAAGCAGGAUCAAUGGAUCAGUGUCCUUGAUUCCAAUGGCAAGGUCUCAAUUUCAGCCUCAAAAAAGACGUAAUAUUGGUACUAGCAAUAGAAAUCCAAGCUUUAGCUGGAUGGCAACAGUUGGAGAAAAAGUACAGUCCUCCACUAUUCCUACUUCUGUUCCAGUUCGAGUUGCACUUGAAUUGCUUCAAGCUGGACAUCAUUAUUUAGAUGUCAGAACUGCUGAAGAGUUCAGUGAUGGGCAUGCUGUUGGGGCCAUAAAUAUUCCUUACAUGCUUAGAAUUGGCUCAGGGAUGAUAAAGAACCCAAAUUUCUUGGAGGAAGUGUUAGACCAUUUUGGGAAGGAUGAUGAAAUUAUAAUUGGGUGCCAGUUGGGUAAGAGAUCAUUUAUGGCUGCAACUGAUCUUCUUGCUGCUGGAUUUACUGGGGUAACUGACAUUGCUGGAGGAUAUGCUGCUUGGACAGAGAGUGGACUUCCGACUGCGUCUUGAAUGUAAAGCAUUAAAAUAGCCUUUUAUUCACUCACAUAUAAAAGGGUAGAUUUUAAUUAAUAAGCACAAUAACACCAUCUUAAUUAUUACAUAUUAUAAUAACUAGUAAUCAACAUGGAGAAAUCAGGUCCCUUUCAUCACAUCAAAAUGUGACACAAGUUAAACAAGUAACUUGCAAAAACUUUUGUACAGUAAUAUGUAUUAGGUGAUACCCGAUGUGGGAGAAUCUGAAUUGCUGAAAAGAAUUGCAAGCAAUAUGUGUAAAUAUUGUUCUGCUGGAAUAAAUAAUAUUUGCCUCAAAGGGCUAAAGAAAAUUGCAAACUUGUACUACGUUUAUGUUGUUGGGAUUAAUUAUAAACAAGGAAAACUGACAAGCCAGGUUUAUUUUACUUUUUU